AUGACAAUAAAAAAAGAUGCAUGUAUUGGUAUAGAAGACAAUCGAAAAGGAUUUGAACCUGCAUUAGGAGGAAAAUUUGUAAUUAUAAAUUGGCUUAAUCAAGAAAUUGUUUAUAUAAUAGAUUUAGAUGCAUCAGCUAGGAUUUUUAUUGAUUCUAAUCAUUUAUACAUAGACAAUAAUCGUUUAAAUUAUAUAAAUAUCAUUGAUCUGAACAGCCAUAUUGAAAUUCGAUGUAUCGAUAAUCCAGGUUUUAAUUGUUUACCUAGUAUUCAUCGUGUAGAAAUUUAA